CAAGCGACGCCGGGCGGGUCGUACCGCGCGUGCGCGGGGAUACGUCAGCAUAUUGUGGCGUGACGCAGCUGACGAUGUAAACAAGAGCGGACAGUCCGGGGACACCUUCAUCAAACAUGGGCCUGCCCGUCACCGUUAAAGUCAACUUCCGUGGCAACGUCAAGAGGUUCCUGGCGAGCGACCUGGACAAGCUGGAGUGGAGCUCCGUGGAAGCCUGGAUUAAAGCCUCGUUCGGGAUCAACCACUUUCAAGUCAAGUACUUUGACGAGGAGAACGAAGAGAUUUGCAUCAACAGUCAAGAUGAGUACGAAGAAGCCAUCAAGAGCGCGGAGAAGCAAGGCAACCACCUCAACAUGAACGUGUACAAGAUGAAGGGACAAGCCUGCGGGGGCCCGCUCAAGACCGAGGUCAAGGAGCUGAAGGGGGACCUGCGACCCGCGCCGCCUUAUCCGUCCCGGGUGAAGACGGUGGACAAGGGCACGCAGGUCACGCCGGAACGAGAAGCUGUGGUUGCUAAAGACUGCAAGGGCACCAAAGCAGAAGACGAGCCGCCUCCCAUGUGGUUUCGAUCCUACAUGGAGAAAUUCAAAGACGAGGUGGUGAAGGAGGUGGUGGAGAGGAUGUGCAGUGACUUCUCCGGCCAGUGUUGCACACACAAGUCUCCCGCAGCGGCCCCCGAGCCCAGUGGGCCCAGCUGUGCUCCCAUAGGCCCCAGGCCCGGGCCCCCUGCCGCCACCAUGGGCCCCAAGCCGGGCCCCUCCACCUCCAGCGGGUCCCUGGGUUACACCCCAAACUGCAGCAGCUGCAACAAACUGACCUCUGAAGGAGCCUACAAGUGCAGCGUUUGCCCGUCCUGCAUCCUGUGCGAGAUGUGCCGCCACAGCCACGACCCCAGCCACAACCUGGUGAGGACCAAGACGCCGCUCUCCAUCCCCGAGCACGGCAUGUCGGGAGAGUCCAGCAGGUUCCCGCGGCGAGGAGACCGGACGGUGCGCAAGGCGGAGCGACAGCGGCUGAAGGCGGAGCGGCGGCAGCUGCGAGCCGAAGUGAAGGAAAUGAAGAAGAAACUGAGAGUGGAGAAGAGGGGCCUGCAGUGGAGCGGACCCUCCACCUCAGGCAGGGUCGCCCUGACUAACACGGCCUCCACCCAGGCCCCCUCAGACACAGCCUCAGGUCCCGCCCCCGACCCCCAGGCCUCCAGUCCAGAGGGUCCCGGGGCCUUGCUGCCCACUAUGGCCGCCUUGUUUCUGGAUGAAAAUCUGCCCGACGGCACCCGUCUGGAGCCCGGGACCAAGUUCAUCAAAUACUGGAAGAUGAGGAACUCUGGGACUAUCGGCUGGACCGCAGAGACCAAGCUGGUGUUCAUGUGGGGGAACCUCGGCCUGGCGUCCAACGGGAAGCUGGCGGUGCCCGUGCCUCUCUUGCUGCCCGGGCAAGUGGGCGUGGUGAGCGUGACCUUUGUGGCCCCCGUGCUGGAGGGCACGUACACCUCCCACUGGCGCCUGGCGCACGGCGGCCAGCAGUUCGGCCCGCGCGUGUGGUGCAGCAUCGUGGUGGACGGCCUCAACCAUCCCCAGCACCACUGGACACCGCUGCAGCUGAGGUCAGCGGCCAAGGAUGAGGGGGACGUCGGCGACGAGGGCCCUUUCCUGCCUUACGUGGACCUGCUGACCGCACAGGAUCUCCUGUCCUUCGAGUUAAUGGACAUCAACAUUGUGCAGGAGUUGGAGAAGGUUCCGACCAACACUCCCGUGGAUCUGACACCCUGCAUGUCCCCGCUGCCCCACGACCUCCCACACAAAGACCACACCGACGCCCCGAAAUGUUUUGGAGGGACACAGAAGCACCCGUGGGAGGCGGCCAUCCAGGAGGAGGAGCGUGAGGAGGAGAUCAGUGGAGCUCAGUUCCUGUUCGAGACGGUCAUCCGCUCCCUCACCUUGGAGGAGGCCCCCGACCACAAGCCCGUACAGACCAGACACCAUUCCUGCAACCGCCUACCGAAGGUUUUCCCCUGGGGCUGCGACCCCGGCUCAGGGCAGCCAGAAGGAAAAGAGAACGGCGGCCCCCUGGCGGAGAGUUUAGCUCCUCCCCCCUUUUUAUUUCUCGGCCAGCAGGAAGAGAUGACAGCUGCGCCUGCUAGCUGGCGUCGCCAUGACGACGACGAUGAUGACGACAACGACGACGACUGCAAAGAUUGCAAAGUGGAAGAAUGGGACGAGUGUGUGUGGUCUCAGGUCAGCAGCAUGACCUCGUCCUCGUCCUCCUGCGACGACUUCAUCAUCGUCCUCCCCGACUGCUUUGACACCAGCCGUCCACUAGGGGAGUCCAUGUACAGCUCCGCCAUGUCGCAGCCCGACACUGUCGUCACGGCAACCCUGGCCAGCCCAGAGAUGCUGCAGGAGGAGGACUACCCCUCCGAUGUGGGCGGGGAGGAACAGCAAAGUGUGGUGGACCAGGACCAGGACCAGGACGGGGUUGAGGGCAGCCAGCCCCUCACCAUCCACAGCAGCGUCAACCAGAUGCUGUGCGCCUCUCAGACGCUGGAGGCCGCCACGCUCACGCCGGAGGUGGUACCUGCGCCGCCGGCCCUCUACUCCCCAAGGUCUGAGGCGCUGUACUUGGCCGAGGACGCCUGCCAUGAAGCAGACCGCUCGCACACGCCCAGGGUCCACGCCAACGUUCCUUUUGGUCUGUCCAGAUCUGCUGGCUCAGCAUCCAGUGCCUUCGAGACAUACAACCCCAGACCAAGCAACGCACUGCAGCCCAGGGGCCAAGGCGGCAUCACAGAGGGACUGGUCAAAGGAGCUCUUUCAGUCGCGGCGUCUGCUUACAAGGCUCUCUUCACCGGGCCCAACUGUCCCAUACAGCGAGGCGUGGACCCAGCAGGGCGCCAGGACCCGUCCCUGAUGGCCAUGCUGCUGGAGAUGGGCUUCAUGGACCGGCGUGUCAACCAGCGGCUGCUGAGGAAGCACGGCUACAACCUGCUGCACACUGUCAACGAGCUGGUGCAGAUGGCGGAGGACGCCGCCGCGCCCCAGCGGGCCCUGGAGGCUCGCCACUGACGCCCGAUGUUUCUUUGCCAGCCACAACAACUCCACAAGUCUUCAUUUGGACCAAGCUGACCUUUGAUGUUUCUCAGCUCCUUCCCACCACUCUUCUUUCUUACAUGGGCUUCUUCUUCUUCUCCUUCUUCUACAAGUCUGAAUGUUCUAGAAGUGUGUGGUAGAGUAGAGAAGGAAUAUUUCUCUGCCUGAAUCUUGUUUUCUUUUUAUUCCAGUACUGUUUCUCUCUUACUAGACGUGACGUGUGGAAUGUAAACAAAGUCUAUUUACACGCUCGCACCAAAACUAGCCAACACGCUCCUCCAGCUGGAAGAGUACCAGGCUUCAUCACUACUGGGUUGCUAGAGUCCUCCAGCUGGACGAGUACCUGGCUUCAUCACUACUGGGUUGCUAGAGUCCUCCAGCUGGACGAGUACCUGGCUUCAUCACUACUGGGUUGGCUUCAUCACUACUGGGUUGCUAGAGUCCUCCAGCUGGACGAGUACCAGGCUUCAUCACUACUGGGUUGCUAGAGUCCUCCAGCUGGACGAGUACCAGGCUUCAUCACUACUGGGUUGCUAGAGUCCUCCAGCUGGACGAGUACCAGGCUUCAUCACUACUGGGUUGCUAGAGUCCUCCAGCUGGACGAGUACCAAGCUUCAUCACUACUGGGUUGCUAGAGUCCUCCAGCUGGACGAGUACCUGGCUUCAUCACUACUGGGUUGCUAGAGUCCUCCAGCUGGACGAGUACCUGGCUUCAUCACUACUGGGUUGGCUUCAUCACUACUGGGUUGCUAGAGUCCUCCAGCUGGACGAGUACCAGGCUUCAUCACUACUGGGUUGCUAGAGUCCUCCAGCUGGACGAGUACCAGGCUUCAUCACUACUGGGUUGCUAGAGUCCUCCAGCUGGACGAGUACCAGGCUUCAUCACUACUGGGUUGGCUUCAUCACUACUGGGUUGCUAGAGUCCUCCAGCUGGACGAGUACCAAGCUUCAUCACUACUGGGUUGCUAGAGUCCUCCAGCUGGACGAGUACCAGGCUUCAUCACUACUGGGUUGGCUUCAUCACUACUGGGUUGCUAGAGUCCUCCAGCUGGACGAGUACCAGGCUUCAUCACUACUGGGUUGGCUUCAUCACUACUGGGUUGCUAGAGUCCUCCAGCUGGACAAGUACCUGGCUUCAUCACUACUGGGUUGCAAGAGUCCUCCAGCUGGACGAGUACCAGGCUUCAUCACUACUGGGUUGCAAGAGUCCUCCAGCUGGACGAGUACCAGGCUUCAUCACUACUGGGUUGUAAGAGUCCUCCAGCUGGACGAGUACCUGGCUUCAUCACUACUGGGUUGCUAGAGUCCUCCAGCUGGACGAGUACCAGGCUUCAUCACUACUGGGUUGCUAGAGUCCUCCAGCUGGACGAGUACCAGGCUUCAUCACUACUGGGUUGCUAGAGUCCUCCAGCUGGACGAGUACCAGGCUUCAUCACUACUGGGUUGGCUUCAUCACUACUGGGUUGCUAGAGUCCUCCAGCUGGACGAGUACCAAGCUUCAUCACUACUGGGUUGCUAGAGUCCUCCAGCUGGACGAGUACCAGGCUUCAUCACUACUGGGUUGGCUUCAUCACUACUGGGUUGCUAGAGUCCUCCAGCUGGACGAGUACCAGGCUUCAUCACUACUGGGUUGGCUUCAUCACUACUGGGUUGCUAGAGUCCUCCAGCUGGACAAGUACCUGGCUUCAUCACUACUGGGUUGCAAGAGUCCUCCAGCUGGACGAGUACCAGGCUUCAUCACUACUGGGUUGCAAGAGUCCUCCAGCUGGACGAGUACCAGGCUUCAUCACUACUGGGUUGCAAGAGUCCUCCAGCUGGACGAGUACCUGGCUUCAUCACUACUGGGUUGCUAGAGUCCUCCAGCUGGAGAAGUACCUGGCUUCAUCACUACUGGGUUGCAAGAGUCCUCCAGCUGGACGAGUACCUGGCUUCAUCACUACUGGGUUGCUAGAGUCCUCCAGCUGGAGAAGUACCUGGCUUCAUCACUACUGGGUUGCUAGAGUCCUCCAGCUGGAGAAUUACCAGGCUUCAUCACUACUGGGUUGCUAGUCUUGCAUCAGUUUGAGCGUCUUCUCCACAUCUUCACUCAUUUAUCACCCAAGUUCUUGAUGUCACUUCUUGGCCUUCCGACUGACUAAGCAGUUUGAUUGAAGGAGGAUGAGUAUGGAAGCUGCUUCUGGUGGCUGAAUAAAACAAUCCUCCAAUGUAAGAAUGAGAUCAAAAGUCCAAAAAUGAGAUAAAUCGAAUGGAUGAGAUCAAAUGUCGUGAUUAUGCAAUAAAUAGAAAUUAGGUGUAGAUCGUCCAGAAGAUAAGAGGACCAUUUAUGAGAAGUCAUGAUUGAGAUAAAAACAUGGUUGUAAGAUGAGACAAUUAUGAGAAAAAAUGACAGUUAUGUAAAGUCAUUAUUAUGAGAUGAAUAGAAAUGGUAUUAAAAGUUGAACUUAUGAGAUAUAAAGUCCAAAUUGUGAGAUAAAGUCAAAAUGAUGCCAUAAAUAGAAAUGUGUUAAAAGCCGAAAUUAAGAUACAAAUUGAUCAUGAUUAAAAUAAAUACAUUAAAAGUUAUAAGAUAAACUAAUGAAAUUAUUAGAUAAAAAAUUGUAUUAUGAUUGAGACAAAAAAAAACAAGUUUGAGAUAGAGUCGAAAUUAUAAAAUCAAAAUUCGAAAUUAUGACAAAAUGCUGAAAUGAUGAGAAGUCAUGAUUGAGAUAAAAAAAAGUAUGAAAUAAAAAGAUGAGAUCGUCAAAGUUUGAAAUGACAUGUGAUGAUUGAGUCAAAAAAAAGUAUGGGAUAAAACAAAAAUAUUGGAUAAAAUGUUGAGAUCGAAAUGAUGAGAAGUCACGGUUGAGAUAAAAAAAAAAAAAAAGUCAAGUAUGGGCUAAAAAAAAUCUAAAUUGUGAAAUAAAUCGCAAUUAUGUGAUUUAAGUCAUAAUUAUGAGUAAAAUGUCAAUUAUGAGAAGUCAUGAAUGUGAGGUAAAAUGUAUGCCAAGUGGAGUUUAUGCAAACUCAAAUUAUAUUUUUUUGCUCAUAAUUUUGACUUUCCAUUAAAUCAAAAUCAAAAUUGUGAAACAAAAACUCUGAAUUAUGAGCAUAAUUUGGACUUUCUAUUGUAAAAAAAUGCAUGAUUAUAUCUAAUAUUUAAGACUUCUGAUCUCAUAAUUUCAACUUGAUCAUUUUUACUUUAUUUCAUCAGGAUGACUUCUUAUCUCAUGAUGAUGACUUAUCAUGACUUGCUGUCUCACGAUGACUUAUAAUGACUUAUUCCAUGAUGAUGACUUGUUAUCUCAUGACUAGUUCUCAUCAUGAUGAUUUGUUAUCUCAUAAUGACUUAUCUCAUCAUAAUGACUUAUCUCAUGAUGAUGACUUAUCUCAUCAUGACUUGCUGUCUCACGAUGACUUAUCUCAUGAGUUAUCCCAUGAUGAUGACUUGUUAUCUCAUGACUAGUUCUCAUCAUGAUGAUUUGUUAUCUCAUAAUGACUUAUCUCAUCAUAAUGACUUAUCUCAUGACUAGUCAUCAUCAUGAUGAUUUGUUAUCUCAUAAUGACUUAUCUCAUCAUAAUGACUUAUCUCAUGACUAGUCAUCAUCAUGACUUAUCUCAUGAUGAUGACUUAUCUCAUGACUAGGUCUCAUCAUGAUGAUUUGUUAUCUCAUCAUAAUGACUUAUCUCAUGACUAGUUCUCAUCAUGACUUGUUAUCUCAUGACUAGUUCUCAUCAUGACUUUUUAUCUCAUGAUGACUUAUCUCAUGACUAGUUCUCAUCAUGAUGAUUUGUUAUCUCAUCAUAAUGACUUAUCUCAUGACUAGUUCUCAUCAUGACUUGUUAUCUCAUGACUAGUUCUCAUCAUGACUUUUUAUCUCAUGAUGAUGACUUAUCUCAUGACUAGUUCUCAGCAUGAUGAUUUGUUAUCUCAUCAUAAUGACUUGUUAUCUCAUGACUAAGUCUCAUAAUGACUUGUUAUCUCAUGACUAGUUCUCAUCAUGAUGAUUUGUUAUCUCAUCAUGAUGAGUUAUCUCAUAAUGACUUGUUAUCUCAUGACUAGUUCUCAUCAUGACUUUUUAUCUCAUGAUGACUUAUCUCAUGACUAGUUCUCAGCAUGAUGAUUUGUUAUCUCAUCAUAAUGACUUGUUAUCUCAUGACUAAGUCUCAUCAUGACUUGUUAUCUCAUGAUGAUGACUUAUCUCAUGACUAGUUCUCAUCAUGAUGAUUUGUUAUCUCAUCAUGAUGAGUUAUCUCAUAAUGACUUGUUAUCUCAUGACUAGUUAUCAUGACUUAUCUCAUGAUGACUUAUCUCAUGACUAGGUCUCAUCAUGACUUGUUAUCUCAUGACUAGUUCUCAUCAUGACUUGUUAUCUCAUGAUGAUGACUUAUCUCAUGACUAGUUCUCAUCAUGAUGAUUUGUUAUCUCAUCAUAAUGACUUAUCUCAUGACUAGUUAUCAUGACUUGUUAUCUCAUGACUAGUUCUCAUUAUGACUUUUUAUCUCAUAAUGACUUAUCUCAUGACUAGUUCUCAUCAUGACUUGUUAUCUCAUGACUAGUUCUCAUCAUGACUUUUUAUCUCAUGAUGAUGACGACUUAUCUCAUGACUAGUUCUCAGCAUGAUGAUUUGUUAUCUCAUAAUGACUUGUUAUCUCAUGACUAAGUCUCAUAAUGACUUGUUAUCUCAUGAUGAUGACUUAUCUCAUGACUAGUUCUCAUCAUGAUGAUUUGUUAUCUCAUCAUGAUGAGUUAUCUCAUAAUGACUUGUUAUCUCAUGACUAGUUAUCAUGACUUAUCUCAUGAUGAUGACUUAUCUCAUGACUAGUUCUCAUCAUGAUGAUUUGUUAUCUCAUCAUAAUGACUUAUCUCAUGACUAGUUAUCAUGACUUGUUAUCUCAUGACUAGUUCUCAUUAUGACUUUUUAUCUCAUGAUGACUUAUCUCAUGACUAGUUCUCAUCAUGAUGAUUUGUUAUCUCAUCAUAAUGACUUAUCUCAUGACUAGUUCUCAUCAUGACUUGUUAUCUCAUGACUAGUUCUCAUCAUGACUUUUUAUCUCAUGAUGAUGACGACUUAUCUCAUGACUAGUUCUCAGCAUGAUGAUUUGUUAUCUCAUCAUAAUGACUUGUUAUCUCAUGACUAAGUCUCAUAAUGACUUGUUAUCUCAUGAUGAUGACUUAUCUCAUGACUAGUUCUCAUCAUGAUGAUUUGUUAUCUCAUCAUGAUGAGUUAUCUCAUAAUGACUUGUUAUCUCAUGACUAGUUAUCAUGACUUAUCUCAUGAUGAUGACUUAUCUCAUGACUAGUUCUCAUCAUGAUGAUUUGUUAUCUCAUCAUAAUGACUUAUCUCAUGACUAGUUCUCAUCAUGACUUGUUAUCUCAUGACUAGUUCUCAUCAUGACUUUUUAUCUCAUGAUGAUGACGACUUAUCUCAUGACUAGUUCUCAGCAUGAUGAUUUGUUAUCUCAUCAUAAUGACUUGUUAUCUCAUGACUAAGUCUCAUAAUGACUUGUUAUCUCAUGAUGAUGACUUAUCUCAUGACUAGUUCUCAUCAUGAUGAUUUGUUAUCUCAUCAUGAUGAGUUAUCUCAUAAUGACUUGUUAUCUCAUGACUAGUUAUCAUGACUUAUCUCAUGAUGAUGACUUAUCUCAUGACUAGUUCUCAUCAUGAUGAUUUGUUAUCUCAUCAUAAUGACUUAUCUCAUGAUGACUAGUUAUCUCAUAGAGAUGACUUAAUUGCUAUCUCAUGAUGAUGACUUACAUUGGGCUGAGACGGAAAAGGUCUCUAAAAAUUCAGCGCCACUUCCGGUAAAUUCAGCGAUCAGAAGCAGCCAAAGAGGAGUCAUUUUCCAGUCACGUGACACGAAUAUGAUGACAAGGAAUUAUUGUACACCGAAUUUUAACUCUUAUUUGAGUAAAACUAUUUUGUUUUAUUUCAACGACGUUCAAACGCAAACAGUUGAUAUACGUAAAUUCCAAGGAGUCCCAAAAAGCUUUCGUAAUAAAGACUCAAAUUGUUUGGAAAAGGGCUUCACCGUGGCAGAGGGGUUAGUGCGUCUGCCUCACAAUACGAAGUUCCUGGGUUCAAAUCCAGGUUCGGGAUCUUUCUUUGUGGAGUUUGCAUGUUCUCCCCGUGAAUGCGUGGGCUCCCUCCGGGUACUCCGGCUUCCUCCCACUUCCAAAGACAUGCACCUGGGGAUAGGUUGAUUGGCAACACUAAAUUGGCCCUAGUGUGUGAAUGUGAGUGUGAAUGUUGUCUGUCUAUCUGUGUUGGCCCUGCGAUGAGGUGGCGACUUGUCCAGGGUGUACCCCGCCUUCCGCCCAAUUGUAGCUGAGAUAGGCGCCAGCGCCCCCUGCGACCCCGAAAGGGAAUAAGCGGUAGAAAAUGGAUGGAAUGGAUGGAUUUUUUUAUUUUUUUUUAACAUGUGCUGUCCAGCCACUCAGGCAAAUCUUAUUGUUGAUGUAGAUCCCAUGUGUCAAAUUCAAGGAUAUUUAUGGCCCCCGGGAUGAUAUUUGAUUAGGAUUAGAACCGGCCCGCAGGCCACAGCCGGCUGCUGCUGUUUUGGCAGUGCUGGCACUAGGAAUUUUCAAAACAGUGUGCCAGGGACCCCAUCAAGUCAUAAAAAUGGGGUCUCACUGUUUUGUAAGUGUAUUAAAAAACAAAUGAUACAUAUAUAAAUGCAUUAUCCUGUUGUAUCACACAUUCUAUAUUGUUUUGGGAAAAGGUUGUAUAAACGUUACUUAAUUAAUAAAAAAAAAUACAAAAUAAAACAUUUUUAUGCAUAUUUAAAUGUAUGCAGGUAUAAAUAUUCAUUCACUUUCUUCUUUCCUUCAUGGAUUUCAACUUUACCGCCGAAGGCUAUUUUUUUCUAUAUUUUUAUUGUAAUAUUUUCAGAAUAUGUUUGUUUUAUUUUUGGCCAAAGUAACACAAAGAAAACAAUCUGAAGUUGACUUUAUUUGUUUUUGUUUUAAUGCCAUGAUUUUAAUAGUUCGGCCUGCGUGUGCACGGAUUUUUCUCCAUGUGGCCCCUGACUUAAAAUAAGUUUUGACACCCCUGCUGAUGAUCAAAACUGCAGUACGGAAUCGUUUACAAAAUAAAACUUUUAAUUUUAUUUUUUUGUAUUUGACUUUUUUAAAUCAACAAAUUAAAAACGGGAGGAAAAAGUUGACAGAAACAAAAUCCAUCCAUUUCCAUCCAUUUUCUACCGCUUAUUCCCUUUUGGGGUCGCGGGGGGCGCUGGCGCCUAUCUCAGCUACAACCGGGCGGAAGGCGGGGUACACCCUGGACAAGUCGCCACCUCAUCACAGGGCCAACACAGAUAGACAACAUUCACACUCACAUUCACACACUAGGGCCAAUUUAGUGUUGCCAAUCAACCUAUCUAAUUUCGCCUUGUAGAUGGGUGGGACAAGUUGGGAAUAUAUCCAAUCACAGCUCUUUAAAAGCUUUUAGGGACUACAAACAGUAACGGUAUAAACAGCACCUAUUUAAUUUUAGAAGAAAAAAAUAUAAAGACGCAGAUAUGUACCGGAUUGUUGUGAAAUUUCAUAUAUUUUUUUCAAAUGUUUAUUUGUCACUUUAAUUGUUUCCAAAGUGUGGCUGUGACGCGGCAGUAAAACGGCUGAUCAAAUAAAACAGAAGUGUCAUUAA